AUGGAUAAGCUAUACGGAAACUAUGAUAAAGUAUUUGAAAAAUAUAAAAACAACAAUUUGUACAAAAGGAAAAAUGAAAAGGAAGAGGUAGAGCAGGGCAGCAAAAAGGAGGCGAAGGAAAAGAAGGCACCAGAAAAGAAGGUAACCGAAAAGAAGGUAACCGAAAAGAAGGUAACCGAGAGGAUGGUACCUGAGAAGAAGGCGCCAGAGAAGAAGACGAAAAAGGUAAACAACUCCCUUUCAAGCGAAUCUCCACAGGGUCUACUAUCUCACCAAGAAAAUGCGACGCAAGGUAUCCUGCCCGAUUGUGCCCCCAAGGGUAAAAAGAAUAACGAGAAGGUCGGAAAUAGAAGGGGCAACAGUGUGAGUACUAGCCAAGUCAACAAUAACAUGAAUUGCAGUAUAAGUCCCAAUCUAAACCCGAACCGUCACAGUGUUCCAAGCAACCAUACCAACCGAGAUACUCACCCGAGGGAGCGCUCCGUGAAUGAGUACAAAAUCAGGAAGAAAGUGAGCAUAGAAAUAAACCAGAAAAUUUACAGCGACUCUGAGAAGACACAUUUUGAUGACAAAGCAUUUUUAAAGAACAACUUUGGAAUUUGCGAAAAUAAUCAGAAUCAGAAUAUGAAAAAAAAAAAAGUGAAAAAUGAUGACCAAAAGGCAAGAAAAAUGUUAAACAGAAAAAACAAAACCAAGCUUUUUGUAAAUUUGCUAUUUGUCAUGUACUAUAUAUUCUUCCUUUUCCAUUACAUCAUCGAAAUUCAAGUAUAUCAAGUUUACAACAUCGUUAUUAACACCUUUACAAUUAUAAUUAUUACGGUACUUUUGAGUUAUAUAUACUUUUUGCGCACACGCAAUAAAACUUUAAAAAAAAUAAUUUUCUACAUAACUACGUACAUAAAUUUACUGUAUUGUUUGCACAUUUAUAAUACCUUCACUUAUUGGUUAAAUAUUUAUUUGAACUUUACGAUGAGUAAGAGGAUUUAUUUAAAAUACCAAACAUUAUUUAAGAAUAUCUCCUUUGUAUUUUCCUACUUCAGUUUUGAUGAAGUUUUUUUUUUUCUUUUAAUUUUUUAUGGCCUCUUUUUCCUCACCACCUCCACCUUAACCUUUACGCUGUUUUAUUACAUAUACAACUUUAUAAAUUAUUCCUUUUGA